UGGCUCUAUAACCUGAAGCACACGACCAUGAAAUGGACAUGAAUCUCAAAAUAAAAGCUGUUCUCAAAAGAUGGAAUGAUGCCAGAAAAAACAGAGAAGUUAAGAGUUAAUUUGUGCAAGCAGACAUUGGUCCCAAAUCUCCAGGAGUUGCUGUUUGAGAGCUGGGCUCUGUUUUCCGACUGAAGCACAAUCAGGCGUCCUGAUGGAUCUGUCUCUAACUCACUCAGGCGACCGAACAGCAGCUUCUACUGAUGGUCAAACUGGGGAUUCACACACUGCUUCUCUUUUAUUGACUGCACGUGAACCACGGACACAGACUGAAUCUGGGCUCAUAGACACGACUGAUGACCCAACACUAAACGCUUCCAGGGAUGUAGAUGAUUCGAAGUGUUUUUCAGUUUGCUCAGAGACUUCACUGAAAAAUGAUAUGAAGAACCGUUGGUGUUUAGGUCCACCAAAACCUGAAAGUGAAAUGUCGCUUCUGUCGCCUCAUGGCUUUCUUUCACCUCAAUCUAAUUCUGCAGAGUUUGAUGUGAAACUAGAACAUCCCUUCUCUUGCAUGAAGAUAGCUAGUUCACCUGAAUCUUCUAAAGAUGUACCAUCCAGAUUUGAGGCUAUGAUGAAGCCGUCUAUCCCCGUGCCUUUGUCCACCUCCAGCUACAGUUUGGAACAUAUGCCAGUUUUGUCAUUAUCAGCUCAGUCUGAUAGUUUAGACACUGAUGCGAUGGUAGAACCCAUAUCAGACCUUUAUAUUUUUGAAGGUGACACACAUGACUUCAUCCUCAGCCAAACUGUAGAUCCCAGUGAGAUUAUAUGCCCUGAAUACCUGCCAUUAUCGCAAACAGGAAUGGAGAAGGCAGACCAUGACUGUGGUCCACAUGUCCUGAUGUGUGAUUCAGAAGGCAUUGUGUCACAAUGUCAUCACAGCUUUAGUGAGGAACAAGCUAUAGAGAGCAACCUGUCAGAGGUGAGUCAACACGGAGACUUACGAGCAUCUGCUGCCGAUGCCUGGGAGGUGGAGUUGAUGUCAGGAAGUGAUGUGAGGUCAGGCAAAGCAGAGGUCACUGAUGUAACCCCCCAACUGCAGCUCAGCAGCAGCCCAGUCGAACUGUGGAUGGACGCGCGUCAGGAUCUGAUGGGUGAGGACGAAGAAGACGUGGUGGUUUUGGACAAAGUGAGUCAUUUUCUGAUGCAAGAACAAGUGUCAGGUUUCUGCCCCAGUGACAAGAGGAUUGGCUGCUCCAUCAGCGACUCUAAAGGUUGGGGACCACCGGUUAAGAGGUGGUCAUCGGUGGACAGCUGGGCAACUGCACUCUCAGACUGGACUGGGAUUGUCGAGGAUCCAUCAGAAGACAUUGCAGCUGCUUUCGCAGAGAUAGGAGCUGAAAUAAAUGCUUUGACUCAGUCACUGGAUGAGUUGAACGCUCAAACUGAGUCAGAUACACUGCAAGAAAAUAUAAAGACGACAGAGCAAACUCAGGAGAUUAUGGGCGUUCAGGAUCAGCCUCUGAACACCCAAAGUACCCAAGAGAGCUCCAUUUAUUCUGAGCAGAGCUGUCUCUCUUGGGGUCUUGAAGCAGGAGGACCUGAGUGUCCGAACAGUUGCUCAAAGAUUGUUGAAUCCCUGUGUGACCCGGAAAAUACCACAAAAGAAGAACAGAAGUCGGCAGGGUUCCCAUUUAUGGGUUCACUCAGCAUGAUGAUGCCCUCUCCAGAAAGACGCCCUACAGACAUGACUGAGAGCACACUCAGGACUGCAGCUGCUUCUUCCUCUGAUUUGACUCUUUCUCAGUCUGAUGGAUACUUAAAACCUUUUGAGGACAAUAUUUUCUUGAGUGGUGACAAUGAUCCAGUCAAACUGAACAUAACAGAGGAUGCAGAUUUUUUCAUUCAUCCAGAGCCCCGUGGAGACGGACCACAUCAGGUGACUGACGAAUGCGUCUUGUCACAGCCAGGCUUGGUGGACAAGAAGGAGAUUUAUUGCGAAGGAAACACAUGUUCAACAGAUCCUGAUACCUUCCACAGACUUUCUCCAACACACCCAGAUGUGGACACACAACGUUAUCCUUGUACGGAUGUGUCAUUUAACACUUUGCCAGAUCUUCUUGGAGAAGGUCGAGUGGAGCAACAUUUGGAAAGUCCUGAGUUCACAGCAUAUUUAACUCCUUUUGGUAGUGACAGUUUGGAAGGUGAUCAGAUUCUAAAAGACUGCUCGGGUUGUGAUUGUGUACAAAGCUUGACUCUCUGCUCAAACCAGGUUGGAGUUACAGACAAAUCAUUUGAGGAGAGUGUUGAGGAGCUGAUUCAGAAAAAGCAGAAAAUAAUAAUCCCUGCCGAUAAACCUGCAGAUGCAAUACAGGAGCAGCAAAUCGAAGACACAGAACAUAAGGUUUUAACUAUAACCAAGGAUAUUACAGAGCUCAGCAAAGAUCUAGUAAACUUUACUUCUCUCCCUCUAGACCAUUUUGUUAUCUCAGAGAAUAACUGUGUCGCGUACCUCACUUUAGAUAUAAAUGAUCCCUUUACAACCGGGGCCGCUACACCCAUUUUUACACCUACAGACCUUGAGGAGCUUGAGUUGAAGAUGCCUCACAAAACCCAUAAGACUACCGUGGAGGGCAAAACACGCUCCAAAAAAGAGAAAUCUGGUGGUCACCAUCACAAUGUGCAAGCUUCCAAAAAACAAGAGAACAUAUCUCAUCAUGUUUCCACGCAGCAGACCUGCAAACAGCAAGAAAAUCAUCCCACAACUGGAGAAACCUACAUCAGUGAGCGAUGUGAUGCUGGGAUUGAGGUCAAGGAUGCUAAAAUUGUGAUUGAGACCAUUGGGACUGAGAAAAAGCUGCAUGGAAAGAAGAAAAAGAAACAAGGUCAGGGUGUGAGUGUUAGGAGCGAAGGGGAGACAUCAGCUGAUGUGGGGAAUGGAGCGAAACCAAAAACAACAAUGCUAAGGGUGGACAUGUUUGAGGCCAAGCUUGGGGCUAGAACUGGGAAGGCUCCGAAAGACAGCAGUCAGUCAGUCAGUGCUGAGAAAAAGUCCAAUCAAUCACAGGAUAAAAUUCCCCAGGAAGAGCCUCUACACCGCACAGAUCAUAAAAACCUCCAGACAAAAAAGGACUCCUGCCCUCCAAAUGAAGAUGUCAUUAAAAGGAGGCGGAUGUCGGGAGAUAAAUUUGGAAAAAUUGUCAGCUCUUUGGAGUCUAAACUACCAAAGACAGACGCUUCGGUGAAAGCAAAAGAAGAAGAGCCCCAAAGGAGUGUUGUUGCAGCUCGUAAGAAGGCACACAGCGAGGUGGUCAAACAAAAAACCCCACCAAAGGAAGAACCUAAGGUGGUGCAGCCCAUCCAGGCUGUGUCAGUGAGCGGAGACCCUCAGAGUCUGUGUCUGUGGUGUCAGUUUGCUGGAGUCCCCUCAGACUACACCGUGACCUGGAGCAGAGAGGGGACUGUCCUGUCUGAGAGCAAGAGAAGUGCAGGGGACGAGAGCAGAGUGACACUGACCAUCACCAAUGCCACCCACAAAGACCUGGGCAGGUUUGAGUGUCGCCUCAGCAGCUUACAUGUUUCAGUCACCCUGGACUAUCUGCUCACAUAUGAAGUUCUUAGUGAGAUUGUCAUCCCUGCAUCUCCAAAGACCACUUCAUCCACACCCGUAAACGUGUGCAGUGAGCAAGAGGACGCCCACUUUUCCAAGCUCUUGUUCAGGGAGGAUUUUCUCUCAGAGCAGUAUUUUGGAGAGAACCAUCCCAUCAGCAUCAUCACUGAAAAGGAUCACUUUGGUGAGGGGAUGCAUCGGCGAGCUUUUCGGACCACGCUGAAGGCAGGCCAGAUCCCCCUGCUGGUACCGGGACACGCCUGUGUGCUCAAAGUGCACAACGCUAUCAGCUACGGGACCAAGAAUAAUGACGAGCUCGUUCAGAGGAACUUUAAUCUGGCUGUAGAGGAGUGUCAGGUCCAGAACACAGCGAGGGAGUACAUCAAGGCCUACACCUCGGCUGCUCAGUCUGUCGAUGCCUUCGGAGACGUCCCUGACAUCAUUCCCAUCUACCUGGUUCACCGUCCGUCCAACGACGUCCCCUAUGCCACGCUGGAAGAGGAGCUGAUUGGUGACUUUGUCAAGUAUUCUGUCAAGGACGGCAAAGAGAUCAACCUGAUGAGACGUGACUCAGAGGCGGGGCAGAAAUGCUGUGCAUUCCAGCACUGGGUCUACCACAACACAGAGGGCAAUCUGCUGGUCACAGACAUGCAAGGAGUUGGCAUGAAGCUCACAGAUGUGGGAAUAGCGACCUGUAAAAAAGGAUACAAGGGCUUCAAAGGAAACUGUGCCACGUCUUUUAUUGACCAGUUCAAAGCUUUGCAUCAGUGUAACAAGUACUGUGAGAUUCUGGGGCUCAGUUCUCUGCAGCCCAAACCCAAAAAGGCCUCAGCAGCUCCGAAACCUAAACCCCAACCCGCUGCUGCUCCCAAGAAGAAAAUGUUUGGGCCCACGGUGAAGGGGAAAUUGUAACAAAACAACAUUAAAAAUGUGACUUUUAAGACUCUCUUCUGCAGAGAACUUUAAGGAGGAACCAGGAUGGGGAGCACAAGACAGCUGUUUAAUCUGAACACUUGAUAAACAUUUAUUUAUUUUUUAGACUGAUUUAGUGAGAGGAUGCUGGGGUAUCCAGAUAUAUAUAUUUUUCUUUUUCUACUGAACAUUUUCAAACUGUUAGUUCAUUAAAUUAAUGAGCAGGUUGAUUGAUUGAUUUGAGGAAAUGUCUUAGAAUUAGUUUGUGGAAGUGUCUGAUAAGGUUUGCAUGGAUGAAAUACAUUUUAUGUAGAGUCAUAAGACAUAUAAAUACUUUAUUUUUUUGUGAAACUCAGGAUGGGUUCACUUUUACCUUCAAUGCAAAGACAUUGUAGUCAAUUAAAGCUUUUUAAUGUUAGGUCUAUAACUGUAUUCAAGGAAAAAAUGUGAACUUUUAAUUUGUAUAAUAAUAUUUUAAGCCAUUUUCCCUGCUAUGUUGAUUUAAAAUGCUUUAAGAUGUAAA